AUGUCUACAUCUACACUAAAUGAAAAAGUGUUAAAAUAUACAUCCUCCUUACUAUCAGAUAUUCAAUCCAAAUCAUCAAUUGAACAAAUACACCAAAUCAAAAUUAGCAAAAAUGAUGUAAUGAAAUCGCAAAUUGAAAAGAUUCUAACCACACUUGGAGAAGCCAAUCAACCUACAUUGUGUUUCGGUAUCACUCGAGAUGUUCAAAAACUAAUAUCGAUAAUUGAAAUAGUGAAACAAAAGAAGACGCGAGGCGGAUCUAAACUACAUCAGUAUAAUUGUUUAUUACGCGUACGAACGAAAGUUAAUCCAUAUCAGAAACUGACUAGUAAAAAUGGGGUUGAAGUUGUUGAUUUUUCCAAGGCUUUGAAAGUUGCUGGUGUAGAUUAUGAUAACAAUGGUAGCCGUGGUGAGGACAUCCAAGAAGAAAAGGACAAUGACGAGAAGGAGACGGAGAGGAAGGAUGAGGAUGAGGAGGAAGAAGAAGAAGAUGGAUUCACGUCUGAUGAUGAUGGCAUGAGUGAAGAAUCCCAAGGACAGAAAGCUUAUGAUGAGAUACAAAGGAAGAGGAAACUGAUGAAGAAGGAACAAAAGAGGCAGGAGAGGGAAGAUAAGAUUACUAAAACACAAGAAGAAAAGGAAGCUCAAAGGGAGAUAAAGGGAGAUAAAAUGUAUGAUGUACCUGUGAUGUUUAUCCUUCUAAGUGGCAUAGAUCUUUCUUCUUAUUUAGAUAAGGAUUGGACCAUACAAAGCUGA